CGAACAGAGGCAGGCUGGGAGAAGACAGAAGGCGUUGAGAAAAUAAGAUCGCUGCGCUGAGCGCGUCUCACGGGAUAAUAGCUUAUUAUUUAAAAGACUGUAGUCUCCUGAAAUACAGUGGUGGAUCGGAAUCCACGGCAAAAAAACAUGGAUCCUUUUACGGAGAAACUCCUUGAGCGCACUCGUGCCCGCAGAGAGAAUCUGCAGAAGAAAAUGGCAGAGAGACCCACGGCAGCCAACAGGCUGAUAGCAAAAAGAGCCAGAGAUCCCCUUACAGAAACUAACAUUCUGCCUGAGCAGCCAGCUGAGGCAGUUCAACCUUCCACCAAGCCGUCUCCAUCUAAGCGAAGGUGUUCUGAUAACAAAGAGGCCCCAGCCACAGGGGAAGAGAAUAGAGAGCCUGUAAUCCAGGAGGCUGUGCCUAAAACCGCGGAGACUGACAGAAAGCCCGCUGUAGCUUCUCUGAGCAGCUCCGCAAGGCCUGCCCCAGAGUUUGACAAGAAGGAAGAGGAGAUCCCGGCCCACUCAACCAGAUCCAUAAAAUCUCGCAUGCAGAAGCUGGUUGAUCAAAGACAGUACUGGGACAACGAAGGUGAUGCUGUAGAUAAUGGAUAUAUUUCAUCUAUCAAGCCACAAAGACAAGACCCUUCCCCUCCCAAACAGCCCCUGGUGUCUGGCUCCUCUGAGACUCCAGCAGGAAGGAAAGGCCGAUUUGCUAACCUUGCAGCCACUAUUGGCUCGUGGGAAGAUGACCUCAGCCAUCCAUCUGUAAAGCGAAACAAUGCACAAGCACAGCCUGGCACCACUUGUUUAUCAAAACCAUCCGCUACCAAUGGGGCAUCUGCUUGUGCUAGCAGCGCCAGUGUAAAGCCAAGCACUGCAUCAUAUUCUCAAAAGACUGCUGAAGCAUCAUUGAAUAAACCAGUCCUUUCUGGUGAACAGAGUUCCGUCCAUCUGCCUGUUCAGUCAACCAGAGUAGUUCCACCAAAUCCUCAGAAAGCUGAGACACCAGAACCCCGAUCUGUGCUGCCAACCAACAGAAACAUCCCAUCUAGCCCUCAGAAAACAACUCGAUUGACGACUCAAUCUGCUUCAAAUACAGGAAGACUGAUUUCAAGUCCUCAGAAAAUUAACCUUCCCAGCCACCAGGCUGCACUUCCUCCUAGGAGCGUUUUCUCUCCUAGUCCCAAGAAACCAGAAUUAUCAAAAGCUCAAGCUUCAGGUGAGAUAGGAAGAUUUAAUUCCCAAAGCCCACAGAAAUCUCAGCCACCCAAAGAACUCCCUGCAUUUCAAGCAGGAAAAGUCUCUCCUAAUGUGAGGAAAACUGAGGUCAACUCCACUCCACAAGCCAAAGCAACCUCUUCAGCUCCUCUGACAAGAGAACAACUCGUCAAAGACGGCUCACUCCAGCAGCCGAAAAACACAGCAGUUACACCAGGUGGAAGUGGUGUGAAGUCUUUUCUAGAACGGUUUGGAGAACGCUGCCAGGAGCGCACAGUCCAGAGUCCCCCAUAUUCCGCCCAGGGACACAGAACUCCCGCUGUCACGCCAAACACGAAGCAAGUUCAAGAAAGACUGAAGUCACACCAGUCAGGCACCGCAACUGCAGAUCUCGCUCAGAAACAGAAACAAGAGCGUGAAAGGGAACUCGCAUCGAUCCGGAAUCGUUUCCAGAAGGGCAGCAUGUGGAAGAGCGACAAAAAUGAAAGCUCAGACACAAAAGACCUGCCUUCCUCAAGUGGGAUUGCAUAUGAACCACUGGGACAGCCUCGGGAUACUCCACAGUCUGAGAGUAAACCAGCAUCUCAUCCAGAAGAUGUGACCCCAACCAGCUCGUCUUUGAAAUCCUCAGGCACCUCUUUGAACUCACUCAAAGAGGACGCGAUUGUCAGCAGUUCUUCCACAUCUAGUCCCCUGAAGAAAGUUGCGUUCACAGAGGAAGAGAAGAACUUGCCUGAGCCUCUAGAAGACAAAAGGGAAAAACAAGAUAUAUCGGCAGGGAAUCAGGAGAUUGAGAUGAAUGUGGAUGAAGAGAUCAAUAGCGCUGGGGUCAUCGAUGAGCUGUUUGAUGAGGAAGACGAUAACGAGCAGCGUCCACGGAGCCCCCUAGCAAAGCUUCCCGGACAGGAUCGGUUGGAGGAUGAAGAGGAGCAGGAUGUUGAAGAUGAUGAGGAUCCUCUGAAUAUUUCCUCGAUGUCCCUUCUGACUCCCCUGGCCGAGACAGUGGCUUCUGUGGUCACAAGUCCAGAGUUCUUUCCAAAGGCAUCUACCCCAACAAGCACAGCUCGUGAGAAAGGCAAAACGCCAGAAGGGAAAAGACCCACCAGAUACCAAAGAGCUCGAGUUCAUCGGGCUGAAUCGAUUGAAAGUGUUGACUCUGUGGCUGAUGACCAAAACCUCCUGUACAGCAUCGAUGCUUAUCGAUCAACGAGAAUUAAGGAAGUAGAUCGACCUCACGUUAAGCAAGUGAUUGUCCGUAAAGAAGAUGUUUCCCAAAAGCUUGAAGAGAACAGGAGUGUAGGCCAAGUGAACAUUAAGCAGAAAAUGAAGUUUUUUAAUAAUGAGAUCAAUAUGCAACAGACUGUGAUUCAUCAGGCCAGCCAAGCUCUGAAUUGCUGUGUGGACGAGGAGCAUGGGAAAGGAUCUCAGGUGGAGGCUGAAGCAGAAAGGCUUCUUCUCAUUGCCACCGAGAGGAGAGCAGCGUUGCUGAAAGAGCUGAAUAAACUAAAAGGCGAGGGGCCGUCGGCUCAGAAGAAGACUCCCAGCACAUGUAAAGCUCAGGAUGCUAGCUGCUCUGCGUCAAAGGGAUCCAUCUCUCUGUUUGAGUUGCGUCUUCCUCUAAAAGCUGACUUUGUUUGUUCUGCACACAAACCUGAAUCGGCAAACUAUUAUUUUUUCAUAAUGAUCCGGGCUGGAGCUGAAAAUACUGUGGCGACACCCCUAGCAUGUACUCAGAAUGCUCUGAGUGGAGAUGCCCUUAGCUUUCCAACUAAAUUCACACUUUCUGAUGUCUCCAAUGACUUUGAAAUAGAUGUAGAGAUUUAUUGCCUGGUGCAAAAGCGAGAACUACCUUCUGACAAGCGCAAAAAAGCAAAUAAAUCAAAGGCAAUUACUCCCAAGCGACUUCUUACUUCUAUUACUAAAAGCAGCCUUCAGACUCCGGUCAUGGCCAGCCCUGGAGGACCGAAUGCUGUUCGUACCAGUAGUUUUGCCCUUGUUGGAUCACACAAGCUGACUCUGACGUCUAUUGGGAAAAACAAGUUUGUCCUUGAUAAGAUGAAAUAUGAAGGGAACGACAAGCAACUUCUCGGUGAUAUGUUUCAGUACAAGGUGCCAUUUUUGUGCCCUCUGGAAGGUCAUAUUUACUUAAAACUUCAAUGUCAGGUGGGAUCAUCGAUCGAAGAAAGAGGGUUUUUGACAAUGUUUGAAGAUGUGAGUGGCUUUGGGGCUUGGCACAGAAGAUGGUGUGUUCUCUCCGGCUAUUGCAUUUCUUAUUGGACAUACCCAGAUGAUGAGAAGCGCAAGAAUCCCAUUGGUCGAAUAAACCUAGCGAAUUGCACCAGCAGGAAGAUUGAACCUGCGAACCGGGAAUUCUGUGCUCGACCCAAUACCUUUGAAUUAAUCACCGUCAGACCUCAGAGAGAAGAAGACAAAGAGACUCUGGUUAGCCAGUGCAGGAAUACGCUGUGUGUUACCAAGAAUUGGCUAAGUGCUGACACCAAAGACGAACGUAAUUUGUGGAUGCAGAAGCUAAACCAGGUUUUAGUUGAUCUUCGAAUGUGGCAGCCAGACUCCUGCUAUAGACCCACCUGAGGAUGUUGACUGGGCUGAUAAAGCAGUCGACUUAAAGGAGAAAAAACAGAGUGUUUACUACCAGAAUUUAGCAGAGAACAAAUCUUCCUGCUGGACAAUUAACCUCUUUAAAACUCAAUAAUAUGUGCAAUGAAUAAAGCAUUGAACUUUUUUUUUUAUAUAAGGACAAGCAAUUCAACUUAGUGUUCUGAGGGUUUUUGAUCUGGAAUCCUGUUGGUAGAUAAAGCCAUAAAUCUAAAACAUUGUUAAAGGAGAAAUAUUUGAAAACGUCUUAGUGUUAUACUUUGUGUCUGAGGGAUUGUCAAUUCGAGAACAGCUCUGAUCUUGGCUGAGGCCAUUGUGAUGAUGGCACAGUUUUUACCUAGGUCUGUGCGGAAAAAAAUUGGAUGGCAUUUGUUCCCUUUAUCGUUACACCACAGCUAUGCUGAGAUCAUCCUGAGCUCAUCCCUGUAUUGCUGGGCUCAGUAGAUUGCAUCACCUGGUUGUCGGUUCGUGGCAGAAAAAAAAUACAUCCUUGUACAAUGAGGUGUUACACACCCAUUGAUGUAUAUUUUGAUAGAAUAAACUGCAAAUGCUGCAAAAGACCGAAUGUGAAAGACAUAAGGUUCACAUUGGAUUGGGCCAAAAUUUAAAUAUGUUUUCAAAGUCUGACCUAGUGCUGGUCACCUUUUACUCCACUGUAACUCUCUUCAGCUUUGUCUAUUAAUAUUACAAUACAUGCUUGCAGUAUUCUUCUAAUCCUUCAGCCAAAUUGCAUGAAUGUGAAAUGAGAGAUUAUCUGAAUCGCUUUUAAGUCCGCAGUGCAGUUUCUUUUCAAGUGCACUCGUCUUUAUUUCACAAGUUAUUUUAAUGCUAUACAAUGUAUAACCUGUAUUAGUCAUAAAGCAUAGAUUGAUUGAAGCUGAAUAAAAAGAAAGCUACAAGCAAGGCUGGCAGCCAAUGAUCAAGGGCAUGUGUUUUUAAUGGAUUUACAUGACAUUAACUUAUGUAUCCGAGCUGUGUUUGUUGUAAGAUUAGGUAAAGAAGCAGGUUUAUAUUUCUUACAGAUAUAAUAGCAGUAUUAUCACUACCCACUGAAAACAUGACACUAUGUGGUAAAACAUACUAGUGAUCCAGAAAGCUGUUUCCUACUUUCCAGUGAGAUUUUAUUCAUUUAAGGGUUCUAGCUGUAUCUAAACGAAUAUGAAAUUUUAUUUAUAGUUUUUAAAGCAGCACAAUGUAGAGUAAUAUAAGCUUUUUUUUAACCGUGCCUUCCAAUUUUUGUGCUUGUUUCAGAAAUCCAUUUAUUUGUUUCGCUAUCUUUUGAUCGGUGUCAUUUUAAGUUUGAAAGAAAAGUAUGGUUAACGUUUUACUGUGUAGGGAAGCCUCCCUAAAAUAACUGCUUAAGGGACUUAUUUUGCGGUAACUGGCAAACUCUACACCAAGGUGACAAAGUGGGACGAUAUAGGUCAUUUUUAUGAAUAUGUCACUAUUUUAUCCUUUCGUACAGUAUUGCUUUUGGCUGUAUAUCUGAAAACGCACGUUGCAUAGAAAAUGUAAGAGGUUUUGACACUCCACGGUUUUGAACGAUCACUUCAACAGCUCCCAGCCUGUAACUUAGACUGCUUUUGAAUUGUGAAGAGGUACAUUUAAUUGUGGCAUGCAUAACAUUCAAUUUGCUAAUUUAGAACAAGCAGGCAGUCUUUGUAGUCACUUACUUUCCAGGGAACUUUCCUCUUUUGUUUGUUUUUCUAUAUAUAUGUUUUUAGUCAUAUCUACAUUUAUGAACAUUUUUAAAGUUCCAGGUAAAUUGAAUGUUACACAAUGCUAAACCUAAAGAUAAUCUACAUUUAACUACUUUUUAUGCUUAAUAUGUGGUGAUUUAUUAUCAGGGAAGAGUUUUUUAUAAUUAACUUACAGCAAUUGGAUAUUCUUUUACUGGCAAGUGAACUUCUGCAUAUAAGUUUAACUGCUUAGUACUGAUGCUUUCAUAAAACACUAACCUUUUAAAAAAAAUUGUUCUGUUGAUCUCUUCAGGGUUCAGGUUUUGGUUUGGUUUUAAAAUUGCUUUUAAAUACUUUAUAAGAACGCGGUUUUGAGAUUGCUCUCCACGGACAAUUUUGGUUUAAUGAAAGGAAGUAAUAUAAUGGAAAUAGUUCAUCUAGAAAAUUUCCAUUGUAAUCAAUAUCUACAAAGGGCUUUUAAUGUAAAGAAUCCCCCCCUCCACCAUAUUGCUAGCAUGUCCAUUCUGAAAUGCAUUUUUAAAUUGUUUUUUUCAGUUAAUGAAAAUGGCAAAGCCUUUCAGCAUGUUUGUGGAUCAAGCUGUACAACAUUGCAUCUGCAGUGUUCCCUUGGAAAUUAAGAUGCCAAUAAAUGCCAUUUAUUCAA